ACGGAAUUUCGAAGCGACUCACUUGACGACGGUGAUCAGAAUUAUGACCCGGAACACGUUUCUGACUGAAAUACGACUUGAAACAUGACGAUUGAAGCCGCCCCGAACAUAACGCAAACCCUAACUAGCCUUUUCGAGGAAAUGCUUCUGGAAACGGAAGCUUCAAGCCACAAUGAAAGUAAUCUCGACCUGUCACAUUUCCUGUCGGCCUUACGAGUGCAAUCGAACAGCAGCAACCAUGAGCCCCUGGACUUCGGCACCUUGAUUAGGCUGGUCGAUGGAUUUCGGAAUAAACUAAAUUUAAGCCGGCCCAUUGAGCCAGCGUGUACGUAUUGCGAUGGGAACAUCAGGGAUGUUAUCUUGGCCUAUAAUAGUAUACACGGAUACAUCAGUCUUAUCGUAUGCUUCUUCGGGAGCUUAGCCAACACAUUAAAUGUGGCAGUCCUGACGAGAAGGGAUCUGGCUGCGGCGCCUAUCAACCGUCUUCUGAAGUGGCUAGCUGUAGCCGAUGUCUUCGUCAUGCUGGAGUAUGUGCCGUUCGCCAUAUAUAGAUAUUUGAUACUACCCGGUCAAAGAGAGAUGCCAUACAAAUGGGCAGCCUAUCUUCUAUUUCACAUGCAUUUUACUCAGAUUUUCCACACGGCUUCAAUAUGUCUCACGCUUUCCUUAGCCGUUUGGAGAUACGUGGCUAUCAAGUACUCAGAUAAGAAUCACAUUUUGUGUACGGAAAGGCGAUGUAGCACGGCUAUUUUGAGUAGUUUCAUAAUACCACCUGUGCUUUGUAUACCCACGUAUAUGGUAUUUGACAUUCACACGGCGGUCGUAUUGGAACCAACAGGUCCGAUGAUCCUUUACCACGUAGAUUCUGAUGAGGAGGGGGGGUUGUACCAAAUAAACUUCUGGGUACACGCGGUACUGAUAAAGCUGCUGCCGUGCUGUUUACUGACAGUAAUCAGCUUAUGGCUGAUCAGAGAGGUGUACAGUGCUAAUCAGCAUCAAAAAAAAAUUAGAGUUUACAACGCCUGUCCGAGCAACAACAAAGCAAUCAAACGACAAUACAAAGCCGACAGGAGAACUAAUAGAACAACGAAGAUGCUCGUGGCUGUGCUAUUACUGUUCCUGGUUACCGAACUACCCCAAGGAAUAUUGGGUUUGUUGAGUGGGAUUUUGGGGCGUUGUUUCUUCAAGCGUUGCUACGAUUUGUUCGGGGAACUGAUGGAUGCUUUGGCUUUGUUGAACGGGGCGAUUAACUUCGUGUUGUACUGUUCGAUGUCGCGGCAAUUCCGUAUGACGUUUGGACAAAUGAUGUGGCGCGCUCAUCUACACCGCUGGUCGCCGCCGCAGGCUUCUCACUCAGACGGACAAACCACAGCAAAGUCAUCGGUACCUUGAGGAAGGAUUUUACAAGAGAAACACGCAAAUGUAUUAGAUCAUUUCUUGUGAAUUCAUCAUUCAAUAAAGACGACGAAUUUCAACUUAAAAUAAAGUUGAAUUACGUUAGCGGUUACGGAGUAAAUGUACUACUAGUAAUAUUUAAAUCAGUGAUUAAUGAAAUGUUUACAGAACUUUUAGUAUCUUGAUUUUGGUAAUUAC